AUGGAUAUAAUUUUGCACAACUUAUACGAAAACGAGACAAUAAUACCGUAUAUAGUGAACGAGACUACCGGUGACGGUGACGGGUGCGGGAACGGUAUGGACAUCACCGACGGCUUUGACUUCAAGGAGUUUAACUUCCCGAACCCGGAGUACCUGAACCCCAGGCCAUUCACGUGGGCCGAGUACUCCAAGAUAGGGCUGUAUGUGGUGGCCAUAUGUGCCGUAAUGGUCGGCAAUAUUGGCGUUAUAUUAGCCGUCGCUCUCAACUCGUCGCUCAGAUUCACUAUAAAUUACUACCUGGCUAACUUGGCAGUCGCUGACGUGCUAAUAUGCGUGUGUUGUAUGUGGACCCACCUGGUCAACCACCUAACCGAGCCCCUGUACGUACUGGGACCGGUAGUCUGUAAAUUCAACGGAUUCGCACAAAUUCAGGUUUUCAAAAAAUAA